AUGAAAAAACUUGUUGCCAACAUUAGCAGCAUUGUCUCAGUAAGAGAUGAUAUGUGUAUAAACUCAUGCCACAUGUUUACAGGUCCAUUUGCACAACUCGACACGUGUUCUGUUUGCUCAGAGCCUCAAUAUGAUCCUGUUCAAUUUGGGCUUACUGGGAAGAGAACACCAUGA